GCACCGCGACGCUCUGACGUCACACUGAGACGCGUGUUCUCGUCAAUUGAAAACGGGUACACGUCGCGCCGGUGAUUCAUGAAUGAAAACUCGUGCCAUUGAAUGUAUUUGUGGUUUUAAUGAAAAAUCGUUUGAGGAAAAAUAAAAAAACUGUCACAUUUAAAACACUGACAGCCAUAUUUUUUACAAAAGAAUUUUCAAAGCUUUAUUGUUCUCCUCCCAUGUCAGCGUUUUCUCGCUGCCCAGAAAAACUCAUUUCCUGUGAACUUUCAAUCAACAUCAACGAUAUCUCGAGUGCGGAACGUCGUCGUCGUCGUCGUAUCACACAUGUGAAAAUGAGUGCGACAUAUAGGAAGUUUCAAAUUAAGCAAAUCCAUUAAAAAGUGACAAACAUUUAUUGCCGAGUCAAAAUUCUCAUUGCUUUCAUGAAUUAAACAAAGUGAAAUGAAAAGUGUCUUACUUAAGCGUAAGUUGAAGAAAAAAAAUUCUUCAAAGUGCAUUAUGUAUGUGUGAAACAGAGGAAAAGGGAAAAGAAAGAAAAAGAAUAUUUUGCGAGAAAAUAAAAGUGUUGUGAAUCGUGCUUUAAAGAUCAACGACGAACUUUCUUUUCAGCUCGAGGGCAUUCUUGAGUUCGAAAAAUGUUUAGCGCGCUGUGAGGUCUGCUGGGAAUUGCUGGACUCAGAAGAAUUAAAGCUUCAGUCAGAAGGAGGAGGUGAGGGUGCGAAGAAAAAAAACGGAAAACUGGAGGCAACAUAGGACUUGCAACUGCAAAAAUGGGCAAGAAGAACAGCAAACUCAAGCAAGACACCAUCGAUCGUCUCACAACCGACACAUAUUUUACUGAAAAGGAAAUUCGUCAAUGGCACAAAGGAUUUCUGAAGGACUGUCCAGACGGGCUGCUUACCGAACAAGGUUUUAUCAAAAUAUACAAACAAUUUUUUCCACAAGGUGACCCAUCAAAAUUUGCAUCUCUUGUCUUUCGAGUCUUUGAUGAAAACAACGAUGGUACGAUAGAAUUUGAGGAAUUUAUAAGGGCGCUGUCUGUAACGUCGAGAGGCAAUUUGGAUGAAAAGCUACACUGGGCAUUUCGAUUAUACGAUGUCGACAAUGACGGUUUCAUUACACGAGACGAGAUGUACAACAUUGUCGAUGCAAUAUAUCAGAUGGUGGGUCAGACGCCUCAAGCAGAGGAUGAGAACACGCCUCAAAAGAGAGUGGAUAAGAUCUUCGAUCAAAUGGACAAAAACCACGACGAUAAAUUGACCUUGGAGGAAUUUAGAGAAGGGAGCAAGGCAGAUCCAAGGAUCGUUCAAGCUUUAUCGCUAGGAGGUGGGACUCAAUAGUCGGUUGAUUGAGACAGGGCGACUCCCUGUGAUAUUCAACGCAAUCGAAACUUGACUUCACCUGCUCGGAGAAGUACAAGUUCAAGGAAUCGGACCCGAGCCCGCUUGGUCCUUUCUCACGAGGGUAACGAUCCACUUCCAAAUUGACACUAUCAAAGUCGUUCUUGUUCAUCAACGGAAAACGCCAACACUUUGUUGCAAUUUAGUCAAAACCUGCGAUACUGGUGCCUGUGAUAUUAACGGUCUAAUUCACAUUAAUGUUGGCGAUUUCACGCGCAUCAAAAACGUCCAAUAUCAAAAAGUCACUGCUCAUUGUAUAGCAAAAUUAAUUACUUUAUUUCAUCUUCCUAUUCUCUUUUAUUUCUUUAAUGAAAUCUUCAAUUUAAGUCAUUUUUAUUAAGCGAUUGUCAGGCCUGUUAGUGUUUCUUGCUAAAAAUUUAUAAUUCAUAAGAAUUAGUAUUAUAAUAAUAUAAUAUAAUCAGUGCAGUGAAUACAGGGCAUAAGAGGUCAAUUUUUUGACCCCAGGAGUCAAAAAAUUAUGUUUCAACAAAAUUACCGAUGUCU